GUCUUUCUUGGGGAGGGGUUGGGCAGCUCAGAUCCCUCCCCCCCAAAAAAGCCCAGGAGGUGCUGAGGACUUGGGGUGCCCCCCUAGGGGGAAGGAGACAGGGUCGGGGGAGAGGGGUGCUCUUGCAAUUGGCUCCCCUUCCUCCUCCAAGGACAAGAAAGCGGUGAAGGGUAAAGGGGGGGGGUUGUCCGGCUGUGGGGGGGGCGGGUCAGGUUGAGGCGAGCGCGCCUGGGUGGGGGGGGGUGCCCCACAUUGCUCCUCAGAGGCCACCUCCGAGCUCCCCCCCCCCCAGCCGUAGGGACGAAGGAAACAAAAGUCUGGGUUGGUUGCAGUUUCUCCCCCCCACCCCACCCCGCACCACCACCCCCCCAUGGAAGAGCCUGUGACCCACGCCGCAUCCCACGCAGCCCCAUGGCUACCCAGCAGCCUGCAGAGUAGCUGAAGCGGGAGGUAGCCAAUGUCGUCCAGCAAAGGGGCGGGGGCUGGAUCUCGCCGGCGCCGGACGCGCUGCCGUAAGUGCAAAGCCUGCCAGCGGACGGAGUGCGGCGAGUGCCACUUCUGCAAGGACAUGAAGAAGUUCGGGGGCCCGGGGCGCAUGAAGCAGUCCUGCCUGAUGAGGCAAUGCACAGCGAGGGGGCCGCAUCUCCACGCAGGGCAGGGGAUCCCCAGGGGCCCCUUAUCUCUCUCUCGGGGGGCCCCUGGUGGCAGGGCUGGCAGUUCAGCUGGCCCCGGCGCCUCUCCUUGCCGCCCGCAGCCAGUCCUGCCUCACACGGCUGUGUGCCUGCUCUGCGGCGAGGCCGGGAAGGAGGACACGGUGGAGGGGGAGGAGGAGAAAUUCAACCUGUCGCUCAUGGAGUGCUCCAUCUGCAACGAGAUCGUCCAUCCCGCCUGCCUCAAGAUGGGGAAGGCGGAAGCUGUGAUUAACAAUGAGAUUCCCAACUGCUGGGAGUGCCCCAAAUGCAAACGAGAAGGGAAAUCCAACAAGGACUCGGGUGGCGACGGGACAGGGAAGCGCCGGGCGGACAACGGCGAGGACGGGGUGCGGUGGAAGCUGACAGACGAGGUGGCCCAGCACAAGAAGAAGCUGUUGCCGGCCCCGUCUCCCGCAGAGGAGCCCCCUGCCAGCGCCCACAAACGCAAGAAGGAGAAGGAGCUGCCGCCCCCUGACACGGGGCCCAAGAAGAAGUUGAAAGGCGGGCGGGAGAAACACUUGAAGAAGGCCUCCGAGCAGCCGUCGGAUGGGAACAAGCUGCAGCCGCUGCCGAGCUGGGGCCGCGUGGGGAGCGGCGACUUGGAGGUGAAAGGGUCCAUCUCCCACUCCACCAUCCACCUGAGCCAGAUCGGCCCCAGUGACCUGGAGAAAACCAAGGCACCUCAGGGACCGCUGGAGCCUUCUGCGCAGUCGGACAAGUCUCACCAGCGGGAGAAGCUGGAGCGCUUCAAGCAGAUGUGCCAGAUGUUGGAGCGCGUCAAGAACAGCAGCAGCUCCAGCUCCAGCUCGGACUCCGACUCGGACACGGACUCGCGGGGCUCGGAGGGCUCCAGCGGGGGUGGGGGCUCCAGCCGGGCUGCCUCACCCACCUCCCGGGCCCAGCGCCUGGCCGCCCUCGGCUUCAGCGCCAGCGAGGAGGACGACGAGGAGGACGAGGAGGAGGAGGAAGGCCGCAACGGGGGCUCGGAGGCGGCCCGCAACGGCAAGCAGCCCAAGGGGCCGCGGGCGAACUGUCAGGAGAAGGAGAACCACCACCGGGCCGCCAGCAGGGGGAGCGAGCGAGCCAAGCAGCAGGCCGGGGGCCGUAAGGGAGGCCGGCCAGCCGGGCAGACGGGCCUGCACAUGGUGACCCGGACUCAGUUCCUCCAGUGGCCCCUGGUGCCCUCGCCCCCCAAGCCCCUGCUGCAGUUGGAGCGGCACGUGGUGCGCCCGCCCCCCGACAGCCCCGAGCCGGACUCGCUGCCCCUGGACAGCGGCUCGGACCACGUCAUGCAGCGCGACGUCUGGCUGGCCGUCUUCCAGCACCUCAGCUACCGCGAGCUCUGCGUCUGCAUGCGGGUGUGUCGGACCUGGAGCCGAUGGUGCUGUGAUAAGCGCCUGUGGACCCGCAUCGACCUGAGCCGCCGGAAAUCGAUCACCCCGUCUAUGCUGAGCGGCAUCAUCCGCCGGCAGCCAGGCAGCCUCGAUCUCAGCUGGACCAACAUCUCCAAGAAGCAGCUCAUGUGGCUCAUCAACCGGCUACAGGGCUUGCGGGAGCUGGUCCUGACGGGCUGCUCGUGGUGCUCCGUCUCAGCGCUCAGCACCGCCAGCUUCCCCUCGCUGCGGCUGCUCGACCUGCGCUGGAUCGAGGACGUCAAGGACUCGCACCUCCGUGAGCUGCUGCUGCCCCCAACAGACAGCAAGCCAGGUCAGACCGAGAGCCGGGGCCGGCUGCAGAACGUCUCCGAGCUGCGUCUGUCGGGGCUGGACAUCACAGACUCCUCGCUGCGCCUCGUCGUCCGCCACACGCCCCAGCUCGCCAAGCUGGACCUGAGCCACUGCAACCACGUGGGUGACCAGUCCGUCAACCUGCUGACCGCUGCUAACUCCCCCCUCCGCGACAGCCUCGCCGAGAUCAACCUCUCCGGGUGUAACCGCCUGACGGACCAGUGUCUGCCUCUCUUCCGACGCUGCCCGCGUCUCUCCCGCAUCGAUCUGCGCUCCUGCCGCCACGUCACCCCCGAGGGUUGCGCCCGCUUCUGCGAGGACCCUGGGCCCCCGGCCCCGCCACCUGCCGGGCCCUCCUUCCGCUGCCCCGAGGAGAAACUGCUGCUCAAAGACAGCUAAUAGCCGGGCGGGGCCAGGCUGCGCCAGAGACUUGAAGAGAGACCUUUUACUAAAGCCAUGCACUGAAUCAUGGGGGGGCCGGGGGCCUUCCAGGGCUAGGGGGAACCCCACUCCCCACCCAUCGCUGAUUUGGGAGAGGAUCCCAUUGGGGGUGUCUGGGGGGGGCGCCGUUCAGUCCUCUCUCUGCUUGAUAAGGUGGGGGGUUGAUUGGAGUUGGUACUGCCCCCAGGGGGGAUGGAAACCAGGAUGGGCAGGGGAAGAGGUGUACUGGUACUGGUGGUCACAUCCCCCCCCUUAAAAAAAAAAAAAAUCUUAAUUUCCCCCCGCCCCCCAGCUCCUCAGCGUGCUGCCUUUGGAAUUGGUCGUGUUAGUUGCCAAGUAUGUGGCUACUGCAUCUGCCCCCCCCACACCCCUUCUGUGGGGGGCUCUAGCACUGAUGGUUUAUCCCCACCCCCACACACUCUCACACUCCCUGGGGGGGGCGGGGGAGCCUCACCCAUGCCUGAUGGCGCCCCCCCUUGAAUCGCGAGCUUUAAAUAACCACUUGCGGGGGCAGCGUCUGGAUUUCCUCUUGGUUUGUGGGGCCCUCCUAAUGCCCCUCCUCCUUCAGCUGGGGGGGGCUCGGAUCCCCCCCCAAAACUUGAACCUCCUUUUUCAAAACGGUUACGCUUCCCCCGGCUCCUCCCACUGGGGGAAGGAGGCGUGGCUUUGCUCGGCAGGGCAGCGGUUCUACCUGUGGAUCAGGGAAGGGGUGGGGGGCACCCUGGUCCGUUUCCUCCGUGCUCCAAGGAGAGGGGUGUCUGGCCAAUCACCCCCCCGCCCAAUACGGGGUGCACAUGAUCAGUUCCAUUGGUUUGAGGGGUAUGGUGGGGCGGGCUGGCAGUGAGGGGACGCCCUCCUGCAGUCCCGGAUUUUGGCAGCUGGGGGAGGAGGGCGGUGGCAUCCUCUCUGUGGGGUGGCUGUUGGGGGGCGGCAGGCGACCUUUCUUUUGAUACUUGAAACCUUCCCCCCCACCCCCCGGCUAACUCGUUACUUGAAUCGUAGCUGUAGGUUCUGCCGUCGGAGGCGAAAGACACAAAGAAAAAGGUAUUUCCCUCCCUUCCCCCAUUUUUGUUUCUGUUCAGUGUUUAAAGGCCAAGGAAAUGUCGGGGGGGUCAUCCCCCCAAUCCCCUGGGGCAUCCCCCCCCAGCAGGGUCUUCCUGACUUUGCCCUUCCAGUGGGGGAGCGAUCUGGCAGUGCUGGGGAGCAGUGUAGGUCUGGUGGCGGGGGAUCCCCCAGCCUGACAGGGAAGUCUGUGGGACUUGACGGGGGAUCCUCAAGGCUGCUUCGGUUUUUGGGUGCACCCCCCCCAAUCCGUUGGGACGUGGCUGUAAAGGGUUAAGAGGAAUCUGGGGGGUGGCGUUCCCGUAUAGCUCCCCCCCCCAUCAGUAAUUCCCUGUUCCUGUCCAGUUCUUCCUGUUCCUUUGAGCAUCACACACUCCAUGCGGACCCAGGUGUCCGGGCCACUUCCCGGCCUUGCCUUCUGGUGGGGCUGGGGCUUGGAUAACCCUUCCUCCCUCCCCAGGAGCGGAGGGAGUCCCCGGUUCCAGCCUGGCUCUACGUUAGUUGUAAGCGGAUGUUUUUAUGGAGAAUACCUCAGGUUUAAAGCAAAGAAAGUUGAAAUAUUAGAGAGAAAAUCCCACCAGGCACGUUGGGCUAACUGCUGCUGCUAUGGGGCGGGGGCGGGACAACAGAGUGGGAGGUACUGGGAAGGUCAGACGGACAGGUGGGUCACAGAGACAGACGGACGUGGCGCUCCCAUGGACGGAUCCCCCAGACAGACGGACACGCGGCGAUCCCGCAGACAGAUCCCGUAGACAGACAUCCUACAGACGGAGAGAUUCCCUCCGAAGCGAGCCAGAUGUCCCCAGAGCGCGAGCCAGCGGAGACACAGACGUAUCCCUGGCGCGGCCCUGAUUUGCACCCACCUUCCUCGCACCCGGGCACCCACGGAUCCCCUCCCACCCAUUUCCCCCGGGAGCCGAACACCCAGCUCCACCUUCACGCGUUUCCAGGUUCCCGCCUCCACACCCCGCCCCCAAUUUCCCUCUAGACUGACUCCAACCCCAGCCAAGGACCAAAGUUUUCCCUUUUCCCCCACCCUCCCGGGGCUUCACAAGUAACCAGUCUCUCCUUCCCCCCCCACCCCCCCUCCCCAGUUCUCCUUCGGGCCAGCCACUCCGUGAGCGCCCCCCUCUCUGAGUCCCACCAGCCGCUCAGAGCGAGGGCGGACCGGAGAAACACGACUCCGAUCCUGACUUCAGGGGUUCUGCGUUGUGCUCUACUGUUUGCCAUAAAAAAAAACAAAAAAAUCAAAAAAAGAAAUUGUGGUUUUGGUCUUAAGCCUGUUUAUAUAUUUCCCCUUCUCCCCCCCCUUCCAUUUUCUUCCCCAAAAAAUGCAAAAUAAAAUGGUUGGUUUUUUUUAUUA